ACCAGCCCGCGCCCAUGUCCAUGCAACUGGCUUCUUCGCCGGCGACGGCGGGAGAGAAGACCAUGGCAACGGCGUGGCCGUACGUGGAGUACAUGGCGCGGUGGGAGAGGCAGGUGGAGCGGCGGCAGCUGUUCCUCCGGAGCUACCACUUCUCCCGCGACUCCGAGGUCUCGCCCCGCGCGCUCACGCGCCGCAUCGUCUGGGCCGGGGCGCGACGCCUGCGCCGCGCCGCCGCCAAGGGGCUCCGCCGGCUCCGGGCGCGCAUCCGCCUCUGCUUCGGCUGGGCUGCGCCCGCGCUCCGCCGACGCUCCUCCCCGCGCCGUGGCGGCGUCCACGGGUUCCGCUACGGCCGCCUCCCCCAGAAGGCGCCGCCGGCGGCCGCGAAUGCCGCGUCCGUGUGCCUCUGGUAG